CUCCUCAGUCCUCAGCGCCUUCACCCCGACUGCACAGCAAAACACAUCCUUAAAUCCCGAGGCAGAGCCUAGAAAUAAGCUCCAAGAGCCCGUGAGACAGAAAACCGGCGAUAAAAGUGGCGAAGAAGCAGCAAAUAAGCAGAAAACAGGGAGGAUCUGGCCGAGUCCCGCGCGCACGCGCACGCGCUCGCUGUUUACGAACGCCUCGGCCUCGGACUCGACGCUUGCAGGCCCUCGGAGGCGUUCUCGAGGACAAGCUCUCUCUCUGCGAUGGAUUCCGGGCCUGCAGGAGACGUGGAGGUGCCGGGGGAGAACAGGGAGGCGGCCGAAGGAGAUGCAGGUCGACAGAAUGGACACAGUGAUGGUGUUACAUCAUCCAUGGCCAUACAAGAAAAUGGCACAGAGGACACAUCUCUUGGACUGAAGCGAGCUGCAGCAGAUGGCGAUGCCGACAUUGACCAACAGACAAAUGAGCCAGCAUCAAAGAGGCGCAAGACUGGCCCACCACAGCCAAAGAAUCCAAUCAGUACUCUAAACGAACUGCGUCCGGGAUUAGUGUACAAAACAUUAACAGUUGAAGGCCCAUCUCAUGCACCAGUUUUCACUGUAACGGUAGAGCUGAAUGGCCAAAUAUUCCAAGGCACAGGCCGCAGCAAGAAGCAAGCUAAACACUCUGCUGCUGAGGCCACCCUGAGAUCCUUCCUCCAGUUCCGGAAUGCCUCGGAUGCUGCACAGGCGCUGGGACUCAAUUCGUCAGGAGUGCAGGACUUCACCAGCGAUGUUUCAGAAGUCAGUUUUGGGUCAAGUUCAGCACCUGGUGAGACGAUACCAGCGGCAGCAGGCAGUAGGCCGGUGCCAGUUGCAGAAGCAUCCUCCCCGACCCCAGCAUCAACUCCUUCAGCGUCGGCAAGCCCUGGUCCAUCUCAGACAUCCAAGAACCCGAUCAUGCUUCUUAAUGAGUUGAGACAGGGAGUGGAGUAUCAGCUGAAACAAGAAUCGGGGGAGCCACAUGCCAAGACAUUUACUUUCCAAGUUACUGUGGAUGGCCAGGUUUUUGAGGGCACUGGAAACAGCAAAAAGUUAGCUAAAGCAGCUGCAGCACGACAAGCGCUAAGCAAACUCUAUGGUGUUAUCGCCUCAACACCUUCUGCCGUUCUCCACCACAUGCCAAUCUCCACUAUGCCUAAUCUCCACAUGCCACAGACGUUAGCCGACAAUAUUGCCAAAAUGGUGUGUGACAAAUUUUUAGAACUUACUUCGGGUAACCCAACACUCGCAAAGAGAAAAGUUCUGGCAGGGAUUGUAAUGACAAAUGAAGAAAAUCUGGAGGAUAUGAAGGUGAUCAGUGUGGCAACAGGUACAAAAUGUAUCAAUGGAGAACACCUUAGUCUGAAGGGCCAGUGCAUAAACGAUUGCCAUGCCGAAGUUGUGGCUCGCAGAUGUCUUGUGCACUUCCUCUUCUCACAGCUUGAAAAGCUAGCAGACACCACUGAAAAUGGAGUUCCUGAAGAUAGUAUAUUUGAGAGCUUGGAGGAAACCAAAGGUUAUAGAGUAAAAUCGCAGUAUAAGUUCCACUUGUAUAUCAACACUGCUCCUUGUGGUGAUGCAAGAAUCUUUGCUCCCCAUGAAGAGGAAGCAGACCAAACAGAUCGCCACCCUAAUAGGCAAAGCCGUGGGCUGUUACGCACAAAGAUAGAAUCUGGGGAAGGUACAAUUCCAAUUAAGGCUGGUGCUGACAACAUCCAAACUUGGGAUGGAGUCCUUCAGGGUGAGCGUCUACGCACAAUGUCAUGUUCUGACAAGAUUGCACGCUGGAAUAUUGUUGGACUGCAGGGAGCUCUUGCUGCCCAUUUCCUAGAUCCAGUCUAUCUGGAAUCCAUUGUCAUAGGUUCUCUGUUCAGUGCAUCACAUAUGUACAGGGCUGUUUGUGGGAGAAUAGAACAAACUAUUCAAGGACUGCCACCACCAUACAGAUUAAACCAACCAAGAAUGAACCAGGGUAGCUCAACAGAAUCGAGACAGCCACAGAAAGCCCCUACCAUAUCUGUCAACUGGGACUGCGGUAAAAAAGAAAGUCAGCUUGAGGUCCUCAAUGCCAUGACUGGCCGACAAGAAGGGGAAAACAGUUCCCGGUUGUGCAAAAGGAAAUUCUUUACAAGAUUUAUGAGUCUUAUUGAACGCCUUCCUUCCAUGACAGAAGUAGAUCCAGGGGCAGCAAAGCAUCUCUCCUAUGGGGAAGUUAAAGCUUUAUCUAAUAAGUAUCAGACAAGCAAGAGGGCCAUGAUUUCUGGAUUUGCUCGUGCUGGUCUUGGUCAGUGGAUUGGCAAGCCCAUGGAAGAAGAUAGUUUUUAUAUAUAAAUUUGAAUUCAUUCUCAUAUUAUGUAUUUGUGUGACUUUUCUCCUCUUUGUCAGUUUUGUAAAGGUUAUAUAAUAGGAGACAGUUAAUAGCCCAUACAGCAUUGUUCCUAUCCCAGUUCAGGUUACUCUGUUGUUAACACAAUAGGCUUAUAGCUGCUGUUAGUAGAAAGCUUGUGGACUACAAAAGGUCAUGAUACUUAUUGGGAGUCAGAUAUGGGCUUGAAUAUUCAGAAAAUACCUAUAGACAUUUCUUCAUAUAGUUUUUCAUAGGUGUGUUUUACAGUUAUUUGAUUUUGGGAAAUUAUUAUGCAUGUUGUUGAAUAUUUGCCAAAACAAAGACAUCAUCUUGAUAUCUGCUUUUAAGUUCCUCUGUUGAAACAUGAUUUGUGUUAUUAUAUUUGAAUUACAGGUUGUAGUGCUAAAAUAAACCAAGAAAUUUUGAUGUUAAGUUAAGGUCUAGAGAUUUUUUUUAGAGAGGAAAUUAUCCAUUUCAUACAUUUCUUCAUCUGGAAUUGCUCUUAUAUUUGGAGUUAUAGAAUUUUUUUGAGCAUGCCAAAUCUCUAUUUUUAAAGCUAGUUAGGUGUCAGAUAUUUCUAUUUUGAGAUUUUUUUAUUGAAUGUGGUAUGAAAAAGGCUACAAAAAUGUCAGUCCACUUAAAGGUUACACAAGAUCAAAUUUUUUGAGUUUAAACAGAUGUUUCUUUUGUCAUUCUUAACGCUACUCCUCCCAUGUCAUAGCAUUUAAAUCUCAUGACAAAUUACUGUAUUAAAGCUCUCCUUAAAUCAUGAAGAAGUAAAAUGCUCAGUCUUGAUUAUAGAUAACAUUGUCAAUCCUUGCAAGUUAAGCAAUCACUUUUUAUUAUGUGUUUACAUACUGUUAUUUGUUUAUUUGAAAUCAUCCCCAAGGGCUAAAGCAAAAUAAAUUGCAUGCCAAAAACACAGGACAAAUAGCAUUCAUGUAAUAAUUUUUCAUUCUGUGCAUUUGACAGUCGUGACUCGUGAAUAUGUUAAAAAUUAAAGGAUUUUCCUAAGGGUGUGACCUUCCCAUAAGUCAUGGAUCAUGUAAUGUUACUUUGGACCAGUGUAUAUAAAUGCCUGCUAGGUAUUGUUAUACCCUUUUUGUAUAUGAUUAAUAUUGUUGCCCCCCUCCCCACCCCCAUGUGGGAAAGAGAGAAUUAUGUGGAUUUUUAUUUUGAUAUCUCAUUUUAACAUGACUACUUUUUUCUUUCCUCUCUUUUUUAAAGGAUAACACUUGAGUACAGCCAAGGUCUGUCAUGUAUCUAAGUGUCAAAACUUUUUAGUAAUUAGAUAGUGUAUAGUGUAUCUAAGCAUGCUACUGUGAUUUAUUUUUAUUUUAUUUUAUUUUAUAUAUUUUUUUUGUCUUUCUAUGGUAUGUGAUUUCUUUGUAAUCAUUUUUUUUCCAGUUCAUGUUUUUUUUUUUUUUUUUUUUUUUUUUUUAAUGACAUUUUGAACUUUUUUUUUGGGAAUAGGCUACUUUAUGUAUAAUUUUUCUUCAAAAUAUAUUAUGUCAGUAAAAAAGGAAAUUGGAAUACUGUAAUGUUUGUUUGUUUGUUUGUUUUUUGGUAAUUUCAUAUCUCACUAAAGUUUGAAAUGUUGAAGGAUUUCUAUGUUUUGAUUUGAAUACUUAAAAGAUGUAGCAACAGUAUUUGUUUCAUAGUAAGGAGUAAGAAUUAUAAGGGGUAACACCUGUGGCCCACAUAACUUCACCAUUUCAUUGUGUAUGCAAUUGGUUGUACUUAGGUUUGAUGAACUUCAGGUUUUAAACUUUAGCAUAACUUUGUUGCAUCAUUUUUUUUACAGUUUUCAAUAUACGUAAACAUAUUGGGAAGUCCGGUGUGCCACAUAUAAUCCAAAGUAUUUCAUUUUCCAGUUCCAGUAAUAUAGAUUUAUGAGAGAAAAAGGACUAGCAAUUUCAAGAUGACAUUCAAUCAAUUACCUUAUUUAGGUUACAUUAGUAUUGACUGCAAGUAUAUUGUUUUGUGUUAAAUUGCAAGAAGGUAAAAGUCAUUAAGGCCUUAGUUGUAAACCACUUAACUUGUUUAAUUCUCAAGAAAUUGGGCAGUAAUAACUCAUGAAAAAAUAUGCCAAAGGGCAAUCAUUUCUUACAUUGUUUUUAAGGAAAAGAUCUAAAGAAAUGCUUAUUUCUACUUAGGCUCAUCAACUUAGGAUUUGAACAAAUAUGAAGAAACUUUACAGUAUGUGUCACGAGAAGGUAUAUUGAUUAAUGUUAUAAAGCCAUCCCACAAAAAUAAGAUUAAAUGCUAAGAAAGAGACAAAACUAAUACACUGUCUGCUCAUGAGAAGAGAGAAGUGAGCUCUUUAAAUUUAGGAACACUUUUGUAAAAGUUUGGUUUGUAUGUAUUGGUUAAGAAGUUGAUAAUUUAUUUCAGUGACAAGUCAUUCAUGGCAAUAUGAAUACCUAAAAUAAUGUAUCAUUUUCUAAGUUAAUCACUGAAUAAACUGUUUUAAGAAUCA